AUGGCCCUUGAGAUAAAUGACAGAGGUUUCCUAACCCAAGGAGGAGAUCUGAACACAAUUUACAGAACAUCAACAGAUCAUGCUGUUACUAUCAUCAUAGCCUGCUCUGGUUCCUGCAUCCAGAGCGUCAUCAAACAGGAUAUUGAUGACAUUAGUCGAGGAAUUGCAUCUGUAACUUCAAAAAAGAAUGGAAUAAAAACUGCAUACUCUGCUCUGAAGUCCCCAGGCUUCAUUGUGAAGACGAUAAUCAACGGAACGGCCCACUAUACUGGAAUGACAAUCAACCUCAUCAAACAGAUGGCUAAAGCAUUGAAUUUCAGCUACGUCUUGCUGGAACCGGAAGACAACGAGUGGGGCCGGGAGAUCAACGGGUCGUGGACAGGUGUUGUUGGAGAUCUGUUGUCAGGGAGAACAGAUGUAAUUGCGUCCCCACUGGCAGUUACUGCCGAACGAGCCGUCAUUAUGGACUUCACAGUGCCGUACUUCUAUGACACGAGUUGCGUUGUCAUUAAGACGCCGAACAACUACGACACAAAAUGGCUGAUUCUUGCAACCAAAUUUCAGCACCUUGUACUCGUCUGCAUUUUCGUCUCAUUCGUAUUCUCAACCAUCUUCCUCUGUGUUUUGGAGGAAGUACAACCUGCCCUCUGGCCUGUCAGAAACUCGAUGGGUCUGUGGAACCGAUGUUCAGACACCCUUCUUGUCCACUUUGCCUCUCUUAUGGCUAACGGAAUAAGUGGAUGCCUGCUCCCGGUCAGUCUCUCUGGACGCCUUGUCAUGGGUGCCUGGUGGAUCUUCUCUCUACUGACAGCAGCAGUCUACCGUGGAGACAUCAUCGCCUUCCUCACUGCUCCAAGAACCACAUUGCCGUUCAACACUCUGGCUGAGAUGGUGGCGCAAGAGGCGUACUCUUGGGGAACCCUUGGAGGGUCGGCGUAUGAAACACUUUUUAGGAAUUCAAGCAUACUUCAAUACAAACAGGUUUGGGAAGGUAUGGAAUCAAGACUGGCAUCUGAUCCUAGUGUCCUCAGUGUUGAUCUGAACGUGCACCUAGACAAGGUGAAUACUGGACACUACGCCUUCAUUACCAACACCUUGACGCUGAAGAACUGGAAAGUUAAGAACUGCGAUCUGCGCAUGCUGAGUGACACCUUCUACCCGCUGAUGUUUGCUAUGGUGCUGCCCAAAAAUAGCAGCCUAACCGACAUACUCUCAAAAGAGAUCUAUCGCCUCCGUGAGAAUGGCGUAAUUGAAUAUUGGUAUAAUCAGGAGACGUCUAACGUUAGUUGUAUAGCAAGCAGUCAUGACAUGAAGAAGAUUGACAUCGUCGCGCUGCUAAGUGUCUUCUACGCUGCAGUCAUUGGCAUUAGCCUUGCUCUCGUGGCCCUGGUCGGUGAAAUACUCUGUAGCAAAUCCCGGCGUCCCGUCACUUCUCAGCAACAACCCACAACGAAGGAACAUGUAGCAUGA